ACUAAAUUCCCCUUAUUCUUUAUAUUAAAAAAGAGUAGAAAAUUAAGACCUAUUAUUAACUAUAAAAAACUUAACGAAAUUAUAAAAAAAACUUACUAUCCCUUAUUACUUAUUACUAAGCUUAGAAAUCUAUUUUACGGAGCUAACUAG